GGCGGGCACUGGGACGCGGCCCUGGAGGCUUUCGCCGGUAUCCCGGAGCCACCGGCCAGGAUCUGCUUCAAUGUGGGCUGCGUGGAGCUGCUGGCGGGACGGCCCGGGGAGGCCCUGCGGCAUUCCUUAUCCUGGAUGCCCAGCAGGAAUGGGAGCAGUGAUGGACACACAGGAGCCCUGCAGCCCCGCUCCUCCCCUCCUGCACCAGCAGCCAGGGCUGCAGAGAAGCUCCCAAAGUGCUGGAGACCCCUGCCCUGUGGAAAUGCCCUUCUAUCCCAGCACCCAGCGUGUCCACACGUCUGUCUGUCUGUCUGUCUGCUGCCCACGGGGAAAGGCAUUCAACAGAACCGUUGCAAAGGACAACUCCCUGGCUGUUGGCUUCUUUCAGAGAGGCUUUGUCCACCUGCAGCUGGAAAUGUAUGAAGAAGCUCUCUCUGACUACCAUACAGCCUUCAGUCAUCUGAGGGAAAAUCCCUUCAUUGAUUACAAGCAGUUGGGGCUGAGACACAUCCUCUAUGCAUGGGAGGUGCUGUACAGCAUGGCAGCAGUGCAGUGCAGGCUGCAGCAGUGGCAGGAGGCCAGAGCCACCCUAGAGAAAGCUGUGGUGUGGAGACCUGAGGGAAGAACAGCAGUGCUGGACAUGGCCCUUGAGAAGGUGCAGAACUGUCUGGUUUUAGAGCCUAUGCAGGUUCCUCUCGGGGAAUUUUUCAGACCACGAAAGAAGGAAGUGGAACAGCUGGAUUCAAAAGAUUUCCUGGGCAAACCCAAGGUGAUCUCAUCCAUCAUUCCCAACGAUGAAUACUUUGGCUUUGAGCCUCUCAGACUUCAGAAACAGGGAUUCUAUGAACACAGUGCUGAUGCUCUGAGAGACAGUGAGACAGGCUACUGUCGGGUUUUGUCCCUCUAUCACCCUGAGGACUCAGAAAAGCUGGCAGUGAAAGCCAGGAGUUUGGUCUUUGUGCUGGCAAGAGGAGCAGAUGGCUGGGCUACAGCCAUAUAUGAUGGACAGAAGCUGCGUAUACCCAGCUCCCUCCUGGAACCUGCCUCCAAGAUGGAUAAAUGGAAGAUCAGUGAUGGGAUUCCCCUCCCUCCUGCCCAGGUGCCUCCCAGCAGACUCCCUGGGAAGCAGAAGCCAGGAGCUGUUCCUCUGCUCUCUGCAGAAUCUGGGGGAGAAAAUGCCUCUGCAAAUGAUGCUGGUGCCCAAAUGGACUUCAAGGUCCCACCAGCUGGAGGAGAAGCUUCAUCCAAGCCAGCCAGAGCUGUUGUGCUGCGAGCCUGCUGUGAGUGCAGCGUGGUGCUGAGGGCUGGAGAGGUCCCGGCCCUGCCCCAGCUGCGGGCUCUGCUGCGGGACAGCUUUGCUCAGCAGGCAGAGCAGGGGAAACUGAGCUACAGGAAUUCAGAUGGCAAAGCCCUGGGUGAAGUUUUGGGAGAGGAGGAUCUCGGGAAGAUGUGGCAGCAGCUGACAGAUGGCAGGGUGACACUCUGCUGCCAGGACUUGGACUCCCACGCGGGCAGACCCAUCCUCUACCGGAUGCUGGCUCAGCACCCUUACCCUGCACAGGGACCAGGGGACUUGGAGUUCAGCAAGGGAGACAUGCUGGACAUCCUCUCUGAAGUGAAUGAGGACUGGCUCGAAGGAUGCUGCAAUGGCAAGACAGGAAUCUUCCCCAAGUGCUUUGCAACCCAGCUCAGGUGUGGUGCUGCCUUCCUGUAGCAGUCAGGAGCCUUUCCUGCCCACCUGCUCUGUCACCCAGGGGUAGGAGACACCACUCCAUAGCCAGGAACUCUGCUGAACUGGGCUGGAGAUGUCCCCUGCUCACAGAUCCCAUGGGCUCAGUUCCAGCACUCCAACAGCAUUUCCUACAGUUUGUUCCCAGACCUGGCCUGGCAGGCAGAGAGAAGAGGGGGAAGGAACUGGUGUGUGGCUAUGGGAAAAGUCUGUGUGGCAUCUCAGACUGUUGGGUGGGAAGAGGUUUCUCUGGAUGGAGAUUUUCACUCUUUCUCCUUUGUUGCUCAAGUUCAGGCUGGGAAGGCUGAGCCUCACUCUGAAGUCCAGGAUAACCAUGUAAGCAGAAGGCAGAGCCCAGGUCCCCAAGCUUUUGGGUCACAUAUCCUCAUCUCAACCAGAGACAGAAGGCUCUUUGGGAAGGUCUCUGUAACCAAUUUGCAGUGGGGUAUACUGGGUAACACCUUGGGUUAGGAGCACCAUGUGCCAUCUUCCACAGCAAAUAUCCCAUGGAUCUGCCAGAGCCAAAGAGCUCUGAGCAGCCCUCAGCCCAGCUGCCUUUGGUUCUUUUCUUAAGCUCUUAAGUCCUGCCUGGAUGUUACUGCUCCAUGCAGGAGUCCUGCGGCUCAGAGGAGAAGCUGUGGAACACCCCAUGCAGCCCAGACUGGGGCUUUGGAGAGGGCUGGGCAGCCUGGUGCUGGGCUGGAAGGGAUGAAAUGAGUGAUUCCUGCAGCUGAGCUCUGCUGCCUGGGCUCUGCUGUCCUGAAUAAAAUGCUCAAGUGCCUGGAACUGGAACCUGCUUGGGAUUUGGUGUCUGACAAAGCUGGGCUAUGUGAUUUGAAUAUAAAAUAAACCCUGAGCCAGAGUUGGCAGCUCUGAAAUGAACUUCCACUUGUAUUUUUCUGCUGAGAUAUGCCAGUAAAUAUUUUUAAAAGCAGCUGACAGUGUCUUUGGGAACAUGUUCUGUCACAUUCUACAAAAAUCUUGCACAUCUCACACAGGGAAAGAUACAGAUAAGGUCACCAUUGCUCU